CACGGAUAAAGAAGAAGUCGUCCUGUGACGUCAUAUCAGAACAACUGUAUAAAGGUCUCUGCCAACUCCUUAUAGCAACGCACACAACGUUCAUGCACAACGUGAGAUGCCUGCUGCUGGUCCAUGGGUGUGAGUCGACUGGAUGUUUUUUACAGAAGGCUGCUCCUCACCAAACUCUUCAUCGGAGGAUGGGGGAAACCUGAAGACCUGAAGAGAAUCUUUGAGUUCCGUAAGGUGAUAGCAGACAGGGAGAGGUGUAAAUCUUUGGUGCCCAAGGACUACCCCGUUUAUAUCAACAAGACAGAGGAGCACACAGAUUGUUACAUCCAUGACGGUGUCUUCAUUUCACCUCUCGACCACUUGGUGCCUGGAAUUCUGCCUCCAGAGGCCGUAAAAGCAAGGUUUCAGUUUAUAGUUCCAAAGAGAUGGCAAUGCAACAGGCCAGUAUGUAUCCACCUGGCAGGCACUGGCGACCAUUUUUUCUGGCGUCGAAGGACUCUGAUGGCCAGACCCAUGAUCAAAGAGGCAGGAAUGGCUUCCCUGCUUCUGGAGAACCCUUAUUAUGGCUAUCGUAAACCGAAGGACCAGAGGCGAUCCUGUCUAAAAAACGUGUCAGACUUGUUUGUGAUGGGAGGAGCUCUGAUGUUGGAGUCCUCUGUGCUUCUUCAUUGGCUGGAAAGUGAGGGUUACUCUCCUGUGGGAAUGACAGGCAUCUCUAUGGGAGGAUAUAUGUCAUCAUUAGCAGUGACGAACUGGCCGAAGCCCAUCCCUCUUAUUCCCUGCCUGUCCUGGUCUACCGCCUCCAGUGUAUUCACCACGGGUGUGCUGAGUAAAGCAGUCAAAUGGACAGAGCUGGAGAAGCAAUAUGCUAUUAAUUCUGUGUAUGAAGAAGAGAUAAUUAAUCUGUUGGAGUAUUGUGGGGCGGACUCCUUCAAGAUGACUGAAAGAAAUGUGAAGGACUCUUUGAUGGGUUCUUUAGAGCAUGAACUGAAGCUGCAGAAAGAAGUCCGAGUGGGUCCGUACUGCAGACCGGAAAGAAAGAUGGAGACUGGAGCGAGCCUGUGGAUUGGUGAACGUUGUGGAGACAAUGUUGAGCGUUUAUUAUCAGUGGACAACACCAGAACAACUUCAGACAUCUUACCCAGUGCGUUUGAAGCCAACAAAGUAAUUAGUGGGACUCAUUUGGUGAAAAACAGCCGACCGUCAUUACACAGGGAGUCCAUCAGCUUCAUGAAGGGAGUAAUGGACGAGUGUACACACAUGGCCAACUUCUCUGUGCCUGUGGACACCAGUCUCAUCAUCGUGCUGCAGGCGAGAGAAGAUGCCUAUGUCCCUCGGACAGGAGUCCUCAGCCUGCAGGAAAUUUGGCCCGGAUGUGAAGUUCGUUUUCUGAAUGGAGGACAUAUCAGCGCUUAUCUGUUCAAACAAAGCAUCUUCAGGCAGGCCAUAUAUGAUGCAUUCAACAGAUUCUGCCAGAAAUAUCCUAACAUGGUAUAACUAUGGCAACGUGAUCUCCCUGUGACAUGUUCAGCAAGAUGGUACUGAGCGUGUGUGUGUGUGUGCGUGCACAUGUUUUUUUGAUGUGCAAUGUAAUCAUGUGACCUUGUGACCAUAAAAGUGGAAUUGGCAGACAUUUUGGUCAUGUAAUUUUUGAUAAUAUAUGUUGUAUUGUAGAAUUGACAGUCAUCCACUUGCAUGUCAUCACUUUUAUAACAAACAGAAUAAGUUUUUAAAAUUUUCAUUUGCUUGAAGUUGUGAUUGUGACUGCCCUUAAACACACAUUUUGCCAAUUGAA